AUAGUUUCUUUUGUGACAUUUUCAAGAUAUAAUGUUAAAAUAAACCCGAGAGCUGCAUCCUGCAGAGCUGUUUUAACCGCGCUCUCGGUGACUGACCAAAACGCGUCCCGUUUUACGCGACUUCACCCACAGAAACUGAGAUGUGCCAUCAGCUGGCGGUGACACGGACACACCGCUCACCACUCCUCGCCCUCAUCCCUCCCUUCAAACCCUCUCACUGCCAUCUCCCGACAUCAGCCGAAUGAGGGGACUGGGGAAGGAAAACCAAGUGAGUGAAAGAAAGAAAUAAGCAGGGAGCGGUGCUCCAUGGUCACUCGCCCAUUGGAAGCUCGAGAGCGCAUUUUGGAUUCGACUUUUUCUUGGAGGGGACUUGAGAGAAAGAAGAAACAAGCGUUUGUUGGUGUGCCAAAGGCGAACAGCCAUGCACCUGAAUCGGGAAGACGAGGACGGAAAAGGUUCUUUGUCUCUGAGUGUGUUCCUGGUAUCGGUGGGUUUAACGGUGUGUGUCGUGUGGCUGGUGGCACUAUGCGGGGUCUGUGGAUGGUGCCAGCGCAAACUGGGGAUGAGGAAUAAGCCAGGGGUGGAGACAGCGGGGACCCCAGACUCGGUGUCUGUUUCUGGGAGAGGACGAGGAGAAAAUAAAGCCAUCAAUGAACUCGACAGGGACUUUUGGAAUAACAACGACAGCAGCAAUGUGCAGCAGCGCUGGAGCUCCUAUCCACCCAAGGAGUUCAUCCUCAACAUGUCCCCCUACGCCCCCUACGGAGACCCUCGCCUCACGCCCAAAGAGGGGAAGAUGGUCGUUCUGUCCCUCGCGAUCGGAUUGGCCGAACAAGAUGACUUUGCCAACCUUCCAGAUCUACAGGAGGUGCCAGCCAACAAAGAAACCCCUCCCACCGACAAAAGAUCUAAUAAACCCGGCAGCAGCCCUAAAGGUCAGACCCCAGACGAGAGCAGCCGCCGGACAGACGCUAACUCCUCCGUCUCAGACCUGGCCAACUCCGUCACCAGUGAUAUGCUGAUGUUGUCCCCAGGCUCUGAGGAAGAGGAACACGAAGGACCCGUGUGCGAGAAGCUGGGACGCAUCCAGUUCAGCGUGGGAUACAACUUUCAGGACUCCACACUGACAGUGAAAAUCCUGAAGGGUCAGGAUCUACCUGCGAAAGAUUUCUCCGGCACUUCAGAUCCAUUUGUCAAACUCUACCUUCUGCCAGACAAGAAGCACAAACUUGAGACCAAGGUCAAAAGAAAGAACCUCAACCCUCACUGGAACGAGACCUUCCUGUUUGAAGGGUUCCCGUUUGAGAAGGUGGUCCAGCGCACGCUCUACCUGCAAGUGCUAGAUUAUGACCGCUUUAGCAGGAAUGACCCUAUAGGGGAGGUGUCCAUCCCCCUGAACAAGAUCGAUCUGGCCCACGUGCAGACCUUCUGGAAGGAGCUGAAACCCUGCAGCGAUGGCAGUGGGAGUCGAGGAGACCUGCUCGUGUCUCUGUGUUACAAUCCCACUGCCAACACCAUCACUGUGAGCAUCAUCAAGGCACGCAAUCUCAAAGCCAUGGACAUCGGGGGAACAUCUGACCCCUACGUCAAAGUGUGGCUGAUGAACAAAGAUAAACGAGUGGAGAAGAAGAAGACGGUGGUGAUGAAGAGGUGUUUGAACCCCGUGUUUAAUGAGUCCUUCCCCUUUGAUGUCCCCACUCACGUCCUCAGAGAGACCACCAUCAUCAUCACAGUCAUGGAUAAGGACAGACUGAGCCGCAAUGAUGUCAUAGGCAAGAUCUAUCUCUCAUGGAAGAGUGGCCCAGCAGAGGUAAAGCAUUGGAAGGACAUGAUGAGUCAUCCGCGCACUGCCGUUGCCCAAUGGCACGCUCUCAAAGCUUGAAGGACCCGCCCACCAAAAUUUGUUUAUGGAGACCCUUCCUUUAUUCACUGCUUUUAUUUUUCCCACCAAAAAGAGGCUAAGCACUGCCAAGAAGCCUGGGGGAGAAACCGAGAGAUGUAAACAGACUCGUCUUCCUUGAGAAAAAAGUUUGACAACUCAACUGUUCUCUGGUCAGCUGAACAGGGUGACUUCUAGCAUCGCUGAACUUGAAACGGCUGAAAACAAUCUCCCGAACAGACCCUUCUAUUGCCAUGUUUGUGUCUCACCUCCCUCGCCGCCGUCCCUCUGACCAUACGGAAAGAUCCAGAAGGAUCGCAACCACAGUGCAAUACUUAGUUGAAGGAGGGAUGAACUUGUUGUGUGUUGGACGUCGUCACCUCUUGAUGUUUUUCUCGGAACAGUGUAGAAAUUCGCUGGAACUCUUCGUUGUCUGUAUGUACUGUAGGUGCUGUUAUGUGACGGAAAAAAGAGGUCUUGUUUAAAAAAAAAACUCACUUUAAUUGACUGGAUCAGUUCAAGUGUGUUGGGGAAAUACAUUUGAACCAUUUUAGAACAUUUCAACAAAUAGGGACAAAAAACUGAGAAUCUACGCAAGUACAUAACUGCAAACAUUUCUAGCCAUGUUAGCUUGAUUUAAAUGUGUUGCUUAUUGAAUGCUUCAGGCCUUGUUUCCACCUGGUAUUAAGAUGCUUGUCAAUGAUGUAAUCACAAGUGGUCAGUCAAGAUGCAUUAUAGUUUACUCCUGCAUUUAAAUGUAUUUCUUAUGAUAACUUGAUAUCUAUGAUAACCCUUUUUAUUUUGUAACUUGCUACAUUAGUUUCGCCGAAGUGCUGCGAAUGACAAUGUAAAUGGUAACAGAUUUUGAUCGUAAUCUAUGUGUUUAGGCAUUGCAAAAUUUGCAUUGAUUGCAUUCGACUAUACACCAGCGUUAUUAUAGUUAACUAAAACUGAAUUAAAACUAAAACCAUAAGAACAGUCUUGAAAUAAAAUAAACAUUAAUUGAAAUAAAAUUGUAUGUAUGUGUAUGUACGUAUAUAUAUAUACCUUUUUACUUCAACUACUUACUAGUUAACAAGAUUAAUUUUAACCAGAUAUGUAUAUAGACUAAAAAUGACAAAAACACACCAAAAUUACUAAACUAAAAUGAAAACAAAAAAUAUACAAAUAAAAAUGGACUCAAAAUAUUAAUCAAAUCUAUGAAAGUCAUGAUGAAAGCAAUCCUAUUAAAUGUUUUUUCUACUAAUUUGAAAUUUGAUUAAAGUUAAAUUUAAAUAUUUAUUAAAUCACAAAAUGCAUGUCAUUUUAUUAUAUUUAUUUUUAUUGUAAUAAUCAAAACUGAAAGAUGUUUUUGCCUCAUUAUUCCAUUCCACAAAUGUUUGUCUUGAAACCGUGUGAUUUAUUAUUAUUUUUCAUAUUAAUGUUAUUUAAAAUAUAAUAUAUUUACUAUAUUUUUAGAAUAAUAAUAAAAAUGAAAGAUGAUGUCAGUAGACUUUAACUCACGGUAUACUGAACCCAAAAUAUCUAAUGGUUUUUAAUUGGCUGUGAUUGUGUUUCGUCGCUUUGCAUUUUCACUGUCUAUGAAGAGAAGUUGAAGCUCAUCUAGUUGUUAUUGAAAGUGGAAAAGCUCGAAAUAUUGUAGAUUCCAUUUACAAUACUGUUUAGCAUCAUCCAAUUGUGAUUAGGUCAACUAAAACGCAUCUUAACACCAAGUGUAAACAGUUACUCAGUAACACAAUGCAAAAACACGCUGAAUUCUUAAUGUUACAACAAGAGGCACUAUGGUCAGUUUCCUGAUUCACUUGCGGUUUAUUGAUGCAAACAUCUGAUGUUUAUUACUGCUACAGACCCCAGCAUAAGUAUAUAUAUCAGAACGUCGUGCUUGCAGUGCUUUGGCCAAAGCAUUUUGUGUACUUGCGUAGAGUACUAUACUGAUUCUUCUUUCAAAGCGAAGCGUGAUGGACAAGAUAGGAGUGAGUGUUUGAAGCCUGUGUGUCAGCAGAUAGAAGCAGAACCACAGAAAUCCUUUUAUCUAAACUAACAUUCCUCAUGUAACGUACACAUCUUGCAGAGGAUUGCAUCAACCACUUAACCAGUAUGCAAUGACACUGCCAAUGUGAGUUAAACGCUGCCAAAAUGCACUUCAUUUCUUUUCAUUUUCAAAAGGGCUGAAGACGUUCUUAGUGUCCCUCCCAAACAAGAUGUGCAAUUUAGAAGUUAAUCUAAAGAAAAAGAGCAGAAGCAGGAAACUAUAACGCAAGUCAUGUGAUUGUUUGUGCGUCUUCGGCUUAGUGUGUGUGUUUAUAUGUGUCUGUAUUUGUAUGUGUGUGAUGAGGAUUUGGAUUACUGCGGUCACUCGAUUGAUUCUUUAUUGUGCUCAUGCUGCCUUCGAGCCUUCCUGCAAAGUUUGAGAAAUACAGCAUGAUUUUAGUUGAAUUAAAAUAGUUUUUGCAAAACAUUAAAAUACAAAUACCUAGGUUUCCACACAUCAACACAUUUUUUUAUUGAAAUUUGGGGUACUACAUUAAAUUCUUGAAUGAAAACAGCAAGAAAAUGGCUUUAAAAGAAUACAAGCUUGAGGAGGAUACAUUUUUUAUGGUAAAAUUAUGGAAAUUACUAACA